CCUCGUAACCGCAAUUCAAUAUUAGGGCAAUAAUGACGCAGUCAAAACCACGAUAGAUAGCUGCAAUUUUUAACAUUCUGCCGUUUUGUAUUCUUCCCGAACAGAUAGCCCCAUAUUCUCCGUAUGAAAGAGGAUUCCACCGGCGCGCCAGAGUUCGUCGUUUAAUACCGCCUGCGUUUGUUUGUUUCAUCGUCUUCUCCACACAAGUCUUCAGAUCUGCCGAUAAAGUUGACUUACGGAAUGGAGCCUUUCCACAACCACCAACAAAGGUACGUUCACCGCCCUCCCAGCUUUCCCGAUUCCCCUAAUUGCUUUCACCACCCCCCGCCACCCCCCGCCGCCUCACCCCAACCUCCACCCGCCGCUGCCUCCAUCUCACCAUUACCAUCACCCCCUCCCUCCCUACACCCUUCCAUUCCAUUCUAUUCCCCAUCCUGAAAACCCCCAAUUCUUGGAUUAUAUUCUGAAUCGCGAUUCCUCACCGACACCACACCCCAUGCGAACCCCAGAUCCUUGGGCCGAUGUUGGCCCUAGGCUGCCACUUCAUCAACCCCCUCGUCACCACCAACCCCCUUUUUUGCUGCCCCUCAAUGAUCAGAAUGAUGAUUAUGGGUUCGUGAGGGAUGAGUUUUUUAUCCCGAAGAAUGGGUUCAGAGGCGACCAAGAAAGGAUUUGGGGCCGUCAAGAUACAGAGCUUGAUAAUGUUGAUGUGUUCAGAUUCAAUACGGAGAGACCAAUCCAACAUAGACUUGAUAUUAGGGACGACAGAGAAGACCUCAGGUGGGGCUAUGAAGAUGUUACUGAUGUUAUGGACUCCUCGUCCAGAAGAAGGUUAUCCUCAGAUAAUGGUUAUGCUUUUGACCACAAAAGGCUUAGCAAUAGGGUAAGAGAUGGUAUAGAAGAGUUGCAUAGGUCACCUAGGAAGAAGAACGCACAGAAAAGGAGUGCACCCCAUACAACUCCAUUAGGAAAGGUUAACCAUAGGACUAGAAAUCAAGACUGCCAUUUCUCUAAUGGGUAUGCUGAUAAUUCAAGUGUAGCUGGCUCAAGGGGAAAUUUGAGAGAAGGCAUUGCACGGUCUGGGAAAAGAGAGGAGGAGAGGGAGAACAGUCCAGUGGAACUUGAUGUUUCAUUUAAAUCUAAUGCACUUGUGGCGAAGGCUAUUGUGGCUCCCUCAAGCCCAGUAGUUGAUACAGGAAAAAAUGGUACUCCUAGAGCUCGGAAGAUUAGGAGACUUAAGAUGCCUGACACUGCACAGUCAAAGCUGAGUGAAAAUUUGGGAAAGUUUGAAAAUUCAGCAAAUGGGUUAGAUUGUCCAUUAAGUUCUGGGCCUUCUGGCAGUGAGAAGGAAACUGCCAGCAAUACAUGUACUCCUUCUAAGGAACAGGUACAUGAUCAGGUCACAUAUGGUGUUCAAAAUGAUAAAACACCUUUACGAAAAAAUCGAUACAAGAAGAAAGUUAUGGCCUCUGUCAAGAAGAAAAAUAGUUUUCUGGAUAAAAGGGAUAGUCCUAAUCUGGUUAUUGGUGCGGACAUAUCUGUAGAUAAGUUGUCAGUCUCUGAAUUGAAUGGGGAUUCCUUAUGUGCAGAUGAGAGAAUUGUGUCUGAUGGUAUGAAAGAAGUGCGAGAGUCUUUUUCAACACAUCAUUUGACUGAAGAACUAGCCAUUGACAAGAUCUAUGAACCUCUAGAACAUGUUGUCUCUGGUUCAGAUGCUUCUAAAAAUGACUCUUGUAGCCUAUUUAAGUCAAAGAGAAAAAGGAACUGUUUGUCUGUGAUCUCUGUUUCUGAGAGCCCGGUGGACCCUGAAAUUAAAGAGCAUACUUUUCCUGAGAGCAAAUUGCUUGAAAGCUGUCAUCUGCUUGAUUCUGAGACAUGCAUAAUUGAACCACAGAAGAGACUCACUAGUUCAAUUAUUGACAAUGAAACUAAAGGGCAGCAUUUUCAGAAUCAUGCUUCAAUGCUUAAAACAAAUCUUGUUCUAGAUUCGAAUGGGCAUAUGCUUUCAAUGGGAAAUAUUGUUCAUGCACACUCCUCAUGCUCUGAUGAACCUAUUAUUCACAAGGAUGGCAGUUGCAUACGCUCUUCAACUGAAGAUGCAUGUGCUGAAAGGACUGAAAACAUUGUUGCUGAGGGGGGAUCUUUGUAUGCAGGUUCUGAGCAACUCUUUGAUAAUACUUUGACUGUUCCUCACACAGAUGCAAUAUCCAACAGGCCUCCGGACAGUGAUUUGUUGGUCAGAGAUGUUAGUAAUGUGGGUUCACCAAAUAAGGAGGAAGGGUUCUCAAGUGCGAGUAGCUCCAAUCCGAGCUCCAGUAGCAGGGUGAUUUCUGAUAAUGAUUGUCCUUGUACGGACGAUAAAGCUCUUCCUGGAAGUUGUUUCCCUAAUAUUAUUGAUAGAGUAAGCGGUCCCCAUCAUGAUGCCUAUCCUGUUCCAUUGCUUUGUGUUGAGGAUCAUCACGACCCUUGUCUGGGCAAGGAAUAUUCACCUGAGAUGAAAAUAAAGAGGAAAGUAAGUGAGAUGCUGUCGAAAUCCUCCUGUCUGAGGACAAGUGAGGACCCUUGUAGGUCUUUGAGUUUGGGUAUGAAUCAUGCCUUUAAUGAAAGCAAUGUUAAGGCUCCUGGAAAUGGAGAUUGCUCUUUAGAUGGAGGCCAGUCACUUCAAGAGUGUCCAGAGAAUGAUCUUUCAGUUCGAGGGGAUCUUGAAACUAGUUCAAUUGUAAAAUCUCCUCGGAAUUUGAAGAAAAGGAAGAUCUCCUCCCCUACAUUGGGUCACUCUAUUCUUUAUGAGUCUCUUGAAGUGAUCGAUGAAGCUAAUAUGUCAGCACAAGGGCUUUCCAAUGAUGGCAAUGCUAUAACACACACAUUGUCUCAAGCAGUAGAAAAUUGUUGUGCUGCUCUGCCACCUUGUGCAAGGCCAAUGGACAAUUCAAAUGAGAAGAGUACUACCAGAGGAUCAUUUCAGUCUGAGUCUACCCAGGUUGGCCCUUCAGAGGUUUUGUCAGACCUAGAGCAUGUUCCAUCUAUCCCAUCCCAUAAGCUAGCUAGUGAAACAGAAGCUACUGCAGCUGUUUCAAGGAGCAGUGAUCAAAAUGGUACACUGGAUAGGGCGAGUAGGAUAUGUGGGCUUACAUCAUUGGAUGAUAUGGUACCAACUAAAGGAGAUAGUGAAUGCCAUGAUGGUUUACCUGCCUCAAACAUCAGUGUGGAAAUAUCUUGUCAAAUAUCAAAUGGAGUUGUCUCUCAAGUAAACCAAAAUCCGAGUGAAGCUUCGGUUUCCACGGGUGAUACAAUACCUUUAUCUGUCAAAAUCUCUGCAGAUAAAUCUAAAGCUGAUAGUGAUGCAGUUAAUGAAAACCUAUCAACGAAUACCUUUAUCUGUCAAAGACCACCUUUGUGCCCAGUCAGUGGCAACCUACCAAUAAUAUCUAGGAGGCCAUCUUCCGUGCCAGAUGCUUGUGAACCACUGCAAACUUUGAAAUAUGUGCCAAGUAAAUCAAAUUUUAAAAAGAGCAAGAUGAGCUCUGUGGUCGUCAGGGGUUCCUGUAGUAGUUCAGCUGUAAGCUUUAUGACGUCAAAGAAACCUGAAAUAUCAAAACAUGCUGCAAAGUCACGGACUUGGCAUCGAACUAGUAAUUCCUCAUCCGCUCCAUGCUUUGCUCCUCAAGUGACCUCUAUUCGCCCACAGAACCAAAGACAGAAUGAGGUUACAGGCAUCCGUAAUUCUUACAUCCGCAAGGGUAAUACUCUUGUAAGAAAUUCUUCAUAUGUUGGCAAUGUGGCACCUGGAUUCCAUGCUUCUAGUUCUUCUGUUUAUAGAUUGAGCUCUUCAAAUGUAAAGGAUGCUAAGAAGCUCAAAAGUGGUAAUGUGGUAGAAAUUUCUGAUCAAUCAAGUUGCUUGAAACCCUUCGAGCCCAAUAAUGCUUUUCCUCAGAGUCUCAACUGCGAAUUGUUACAUUCAACUGGUAACAUCUUAGGCAACCCAGCAUCUUUGCCGGGAGUGGAUAAGUCUGGGAGUUGCAGUCUUGGUAUAGAAUUAGUGACAGGUGUAACAAGUGUGCAUAGACAUUCUGAAGAUGCUAUCAAAAUAUUUCAGUGUCAAUCCGAUCCAAUCAACAAAUUAGAGAGUGAGAACACAUCAGGUGAAGGGAAGUCGAGAGAAGUGACAUUUUAUUCUGAGCAAAGAUCACACCAGCUUGUUGCAGCUCCAGAUGCAACCCCAACAUCAUCUUCUGAUGGCUAUUAUAAAAUGAGAAAUAAUCAGCUGGUUCGAACAAUUACUGAAAACCAUGGCAACCCGAAAGUUGCUGCGAUUGGUGAUAGCAUAAACCCAGAUAGGCAGGGGGCUGAGAAGGCUGUCCUCAAGAAGCGUUCUGGUUCACCAGAUGCAUAUAAAAGUUCCAAGUUCUCAUUAGUAUGGACAUUAAGUGGUUCAAAAUCAUCAAAGGGAGAUGGUAAACCUAUAACUAUUAAUCAUAAAGUCCAGCCCUACUGGUGUUCGUGGAAAAGGUAUACAAAUUUGAGGAGUUUCACUCAUGGUUUAACCUCUGUUCAGAAUGUUGGUACUAUGUCUACAAUCAGUCGCAAGCUGCUGCUCUCAAGAAAGAGACAUACCGUUUACACUAGAUCGGCUAAUGGACAUUCUCUGCGAAGGUCCAAAGUUUUAAGUGUUGGUGGCAAAAGCUUGAAGUGGUCAAAAUCUAUUGAGAGGAACUCAAAAAAAGCUGAUCAGGAAGCUACAUCAGCUGUUGCUGCUGCAGAGAAGAGGAAAAGGGGACAAAACAUUAUUGCCACUGCUAAUUCGAAGAGCAGACAUAGUGUUUCCCGUAAGUCUUAUAACGUUACACUUCUUCCAGGAGAGCGGAUCUUCCGUAUUGGUUCAGAACGUUACAAAAUGGAUCCGUCAGGGAAAACACUUCAAAGGAUAUCAAGUGAUGAAGAACCAGAAGAGAGUAUUGUUCGACCAGAGAGUAAUGCAAAGACAUCAUAUAUUCCAAGGAGAUUGCUGAUUGGCAAUGAUGAAUAUGUACGUCUUGGAAGUGGUAAUAAGUUAGUCAGAAAUCCAAAAAGAAGAGUCCGCAUCUUGGCAAAUCAGAAAGUUCGUUGGAGCUUGCACACUGCUAGGUUGCGGCUGGCUAAGAAGAGCACAUAUUGCCAAUUUUUCACCAGGUUUGGUAAAUGUAACAAGGAUAAUAGAAAAUGUCCUUACAUCCAUGACCCCUCUAAAAUCGCAGUGUGCACCAAGUUUUUGAGUGGUUCAUGCUCCAAUCCUGAUUGCAAGUUAACCCAUAAGGUCAUUCCUGAGAGAAUGCAAGACUGCUCUUAUUUUCAGCAAGGAUUAUGCUCUAAUGAGAAUUGUCCUUAUAGACACGUAAAUGUGAAUCCCAAUUCAUCUGUCUGUGAAGGUUUUCUCAGGGGUUACUGUUCUGACGGAGAUGAGUGCCAGAGGAAACACAGUUAUGUGUGCCCUAGUUUUGAAGCAACUGGAGAUUGCCCUCAAGGUUCCAAGUGCAAACUUCACCACCCGAAAAUCAAAAGUAAGAGAAGAAAAUGGAGAGGAGCUUCUUCCAAUGAAAAGAAGAACGACCGGGGUCGUUAUUUUGGUUCUCCACAUAUUGAUCUCACCGAGUGUGUACAAGCCUUAUCAGGCAAGUCUUCUGUGGAGGGUGAUGAAGGAGAUUCUUUUUUCAAACAAGGGAGGUCCGUUGAGUAUAUUAGCUUAGGUGUUGUUGACAGUGUUAAGGAAGGUGAAGAUAUGCUGAUUAUUGAUCAGGUUAAUGAGGAAACAUGUGAGAGGGAGGGCGGUGUCUGCUCACCUUUUUCUCAAAUAGCUGAUUUUGAUGAGCUUAUCAAGCCCAUUCGGUUACUCAAUCAGGGGAGGAACAGAACGAGAGAUUCAUCUAUUGACAGCCCGAGUGAGUUGAGCACAAGUUAUGUUUCAGAAGAGUCUCAUUGUUGCAAGUGAAGGCUUUAGUUUAUUUGUAUUUUAGGUUUAGUUUUCAGAACAAUUGUUUUGUUUGUAGAAUUGUAGGUAGGUUUAGUUAGUAUUUAGGUCUAGGUUUUAGGAUUAGGUCAAGGUUUGGUUGAGCUUUUUUAUCAACUUGUCAUUUGAAUCAAGACAAAACAAUAUUAUUGGUCAUUCUUAGCGAGUCCAAUCUUAUUUUUACUUGUAUUGACCGAGGGAGUUCAAAAUUCAAAUGUGUCGAGGGUAUCUAUGUAUCUCUUCCAAUUUAAAAAUUUAAAAUAUGCGUCAAACUUCUU